UUCCGGAUGAUGUGCGUCAUUGUAGUUCUGUGACAAAUAAAAGCAAAAGUAUGCCAUCAAAAAAAGAAUCAAAGAAAGGGAAAGAUAAAUCCAAAUCGCAAAGUCAGAUUGAGAUAACUAAGACUGACGAGCCUGAAACUAAAGCAGAAGAAGUAAAACCUCCAGAUUAUCGAACGAUAACAAUUACUUUGGAGUAUUAUCAGAAUGUUGCAGGACUAUUCCCAGUAUCAGAUAUAUCUACAAAAUGCACAUUCAGAGAAGACAUAGGCGAAUCCGAGGCCAUCCCCAUUACUGACGAAGAAAAAAUUCCAAUCAACUAUAGCGCAAGUCUUCUAGUUGACGCCAACAACAUGAAAGAAUUGGAUCACCUCAUAUCAAGUCCGGCAGUAUUGACUGUCACUCAAGUUCAAGGCAAUUUUGAUCCUAUGCUUUAUGAGCAAUUGGUGGUCAAUCAAGAGGUCUUGCAAAGCCCUACAAGGUCAUAUGAUAGCAUAGUGAGCAUCUAUGAAGCAAUCACGGGACAGACAGUGGAUAUCAGUGCAGCUAAGCGGUCAAAAGGGAGUAGAAAGAAGGCUGAAGUAGCUAAGGAAAAGGAAGAUAAGGGAUCUGACAAGAAAAGCAAAAAAUCAAAAUCGUCUGUUGGUCGAUCAUCACUAUCCACGAGAGGCAAAACCGAAGUCAGCGCUUCCCAGGCCGCAGAAAUCUACGGAAUAUGCAUGAUCGACUUCAUACCUCUCUUCUACGGCAAAACUUCUUUCACAGAAGCUUUGUUGAUCAAACCAACAAGAAAAAGUCUGGACCACAAAAUGAUACCAUACAAAAACCACCCCAAAAUAAUAGUAACUGUUUCUAUCGACCAAGAACUCCAUUUCAAAAAUUCCAACAUUCUAAGUUUGACCGUAGAGUCAAUAUACAACCUACCAGAACUCAUGUCAGCGAACCAAUCCUACAUUGUCUGUGCUAUGAUCCCUAUGGAUGGCCCUCAAAAAGUCCCUGUACAUCUAUCAAAUCCUUUGUACACAACCAAAACUUUUAGUAAUACUUAUAAAAAUUGGCCCAAUACACAGCCUAUGGCGAAUGAUUCCAAUACAACGAGAUACAAGAUGAACCCAGAUACUACAUGUAUCAUCAAUAAGCUAAACACCGACUUCACUCCAUUUUUGGAGGAAGAAACUCCGAAGUUGCAAUUCAAUAUGAUCAAAAGGAGUUUACUACUUGCCGACGGUAUGAGCGAGUUUUCAGCACACAUCAAACGCCACAGACGAGUCGUUUUGGAAAUCUUCAUGAGCGCUAAGAAGAAAAGUUCAACUGCAUCAUCUCAAACUAGUAUCUUUGAUGUAAUGAAAGCGAAGCACCAGCCUUUUUUGCAUCUUAUGGUAAUCUUAGACGUAGCUGCUUUGUUGUAUCCAGGAGUUUCUAGGAUCAGAUUGGCAUGUCCGUUGAAAACUUUCAGUUACGAUGAAGCACUGAAACUUGGUGGUCUUGCAGACUCUUACUUUCUUCCCUUGGGUAAAAAAGAUACUAAAGAAUUAAGUGCAAAGGAUGCGAAAGUAGAUAAAGGUGGGAAGAAAGAAAAAUCUACAGCUUCCAAGACUUCCAAAUCUUCUAAGGGCAAGAAAGUCAAAGGAAGUGAUGCUCCUGAUAAGAGUAUGAAGGACCUCCUCCCUCCCAAGCCAGAACCUCCUCCUGAACCUGAACCUAGUCUAGAAGUCUUCAAUGAAGACAAAAAGCCUUGUUUCAUCAUAGUCGAGUUGGAACUGGCUGAACCUAUAGUGCCUAAAGAAGACGUAGAAGACCUUUCAAACAAACUGUAUGAUCUGUUACAGCCUCUACCACAAGAGGCGUCAAAAGUUGUCUUGACACAAUGUACUGCUAAAGAUAUUUACAAACAAACUAUAUCACAUAUUAUAAGGGAUCUGAACAAGUAUUACGUAGCUUUUGUUCAACAGAAUGGGCUAUCUAGACAGAAGCCAACUGAUGCUAUGUUCGUAAAGCAUCUACAGAAAAUAGGGGUCUAUCAGAGAUAUGUGUCUUCUAUUACAAAAGCUGCAACAUCCUUUGUGUCCGACAAAUUCAGUUCUGAGGAGGUGGUAAACAGCAAAGGGAAUCUUAAGCUUGUAAGUGAGGUUUUUGUCCAGUUGGUAUCAGAAAUGCAUGGUGCUGUGAACAAACUGCUUUGCAGCAAGAUGGAUCCACCGCAAACGGAACACCUACCGGUAGAUGAGCUUUACUUUUGCGCGAGGGAAGCGGUUCAAAUGGGGAAUGUAGGAGUGGCUGACAGAUAUUUUAUGGAAAGGAUUUGCGAGGAUCAAAAAAAUGCCGAUUUUUGGUUGGAUUACGCUAUAUUUCAAGUUGAACUUGGUAAUACUGAUAUCGCUUACGAAUGUUUACAGAAGACUGUGGGGAUUGAUCCGAAUCAUAGAUAUGGACUGUUGAUGAUGGGAGCUAUUCUAUCUGAGAAAGAUACCUUCACAGUGCAUUUCAAAACGAUUUCCCCAUUUGAUCGGGUGCAGAGUUAACCUACUCGACGCUAUUUUUUAUAUUUAAAGCUGCUCAAAUCAUAGAUACAAAAUGUGUCUAUUCUAGGCAUGAAAGACAAAGCUGAAAUAUGCCUUCUGAACAUGAUGGUUCAAGAACAGAAAUGGCUAGAAGGCUGGGUCACUCUCCACAUCUUCUACCAAAUGACUGAGAAUCCAAGUGGUAUGGAUAUGAGUCUGGAAAUGGCUCAAAAAUACCAAGAUGAAGCAGCUCCUGAAUCAGAUUACAUUUCCAAAAUCCAAGAUCUAUUGUGGAGCGAGGAUUUCUGCCCAAAAACCAAAUUCUUCACAGCAGCUUGUAUAUACUUGAAGUUGAGAUUGUACAAUUGGGUCGAAUAUGCUUUAGGCUAUGAAACGCAACAUCACUACGCUAUAGUGAAUUAUUUACUAGCAGCUAACUGCUACUAUAAGAAACUAUAUCCACAUGCUUUGGAACAUAUACAAGAGACUGAAAGCUACUAUGGGAUUGACUGUAAUGUUGGAAGUCUCCAUGGUCAUUGCUUGAUGGCUCUGGAAAGAUUUGUAGAGGCUAAAGAUCAGUAUCACCACGUACUCGAGGCUUACAAUCGUCCUAAGAACAUUCACCUGGUAAAUCUGAACUGUGCGUUGGCUGAGGAGAAGUUAGGAUACGACCAGGAGGCUCGCAAGUUUGUCUUACUCUCUUGCAAGUAUAACCCAUCUCCUUCUACGUGGUUGAAAGCAGGGCAGUUGUAUUUCAAGCAAAACGAUCUGCUAAGCGCUGAAGAGUGUUUCUCAGAAGCCAAUCUUCGAGACAAUCGCAAUGCUGACAUUUGGGCGUAUCUUUGCCUGGUGAAUUUGAGGUUAGAUAGGGAGAAUGAAGCUAUGCUCUGUUAUAAUCAGGUCCUGCGUUGUAAUUUAGAGGACAAGAAGCUUUUAGACUUAUUAGAUGAGGAGAUAAAAAGUGUGUUACAAUGUGAUUAGGGGAAUUGAAUAAAAACAGAUUUGGACAA